AUGUCUAUUUUGUCACUUUUUAAUCAGAAUUUAUUUUUAAUAAGUGGAUUGUUUUAACGAUUGAAAAAUAUUAAAAGUAUUCUGUUGCAAACUAACAAAGGAGUACCACAAAAAUGAAGAUAAUUUUAAUCCCUAGUAUUUUAUUAUACUUAUUAUGUUUAAAUCAGUUUGCUGUUAUUACGGCGGACGAAGAUGAGUCAAUGUUGUCAGCUAAGGGAGAGUCAGGUGAUAAAGCAAAAGGGGAAGAUUCAGUUAAAGCAUCAAGUGUGCCACCUCAGACAAAGCAACUUGGACUUCCAGGCUGGGACCCAAACUUUUGGAAACAGUUUUCGGGAAAACCAUUAACCCCCAGUGUUGAAGAUACCCCACCAAAAAUUCCAGAAACGCCACCACCGAGUGACAAGAUACAAGAUUUUUUUAGUAACUUAUUGAAAUCUGUAUGGGACCUGUUUAAACUGAGCGAUCCAACACAUCACAAAACCGAAAAUAAGGAAUCGACAAAAGACGAUCCCAAAUCUACACCAAACAAAACCCACAAAGAUGAGGAAGGCGAAUAAUUUAAAACAGUACUUAAACAAAAACAACAUUUUGUUAUAUGUAUGUAUGUGCACUGUUUCGAAAAAUAAAACACACUAACUCCAAACAAAAAACAGAGAAAAACAAUUAAACGAAAUAA